UAAAGUUUACGAUUUGUAAAGAAACUAAAUUAAUUAAAAUAACAGUUUAAAACGUUGAAAUCUACAAUAAUUAAUAUAUUUAAGCUUUCGUUAAGUCUCCUUCUAUUGAAAUUUAGUAAGAUCUAAUGACUUGCAUAUGAAUGAACGAGAUAAUUUCAUUUUAAAAGCAAAACGUAUAAAAUUAAUCGAAGAGACUAAACUAAAAGAAUCAAGCAGUAUGGAAGUGAAUAAAAUGGAUAUAGAUGAUAGACGGAAGUCGAAUUUUUCAUCACUUGGACCAUUAUCUACAUCGAAUGGAUCGAUUUCGCGUGGAAAUUCAUCAAAUAAUGCUAAAGGAGACAUCCGAAAGCUUGUAAUUAAAAAUUUUAAAAGCAAGCCUUCAUUACCAGAAAAUUAUCAAGAACAUACAUGGCAAAAACUUAAGGAGGCAGUUGUUGCUAUCCAGACAGCAACUCCAAUUACUUAUUGUUUGGAGGAAUUAUAUCAAGCAGUCGAGAAUAUGUGUAGUCACAAAAUGGACUCACAGCUUUAUGUCAAUUUGACUGGAUUAGCUGAAAGUCAUGUAAAAGCAAACAUCAGACCAUUUUUGGCUGAAAGAAUAGAUAAAUUGCUGUACCUAAAGAAGGUUAAUGAAUGCUGGCAGUUUCAUUGCCAACAGAUGAUUAUGAUUCGUAGUAUAUUUUUAUAUUUAGAUCGUACAUAUGUGUUGCAAAAUCCAACAGUUCAUUCAAUUUGGGAUCUUGGUCUAGAAUUAUUUCGUGAUCAUAUUGCUACAAACUCGACAGUUCAGUCGAGAACUGUUGAAGGGAUUUUAAUGCUUAUUGAAAAGGAACGCAAUGGUGAGACCGUCGAUCGUACUUUAUUGAAAAGUCUCUUGCGAAUGUUCUCAGAUCUUCAAAUUUACAAAGAAGCAUUUGAAAAUAAGUUCUUGAUAGCAACAAAGCAACUUUAUCAAGCUGAAGGACAACGAAAAAUGCAGGAACUUGAUGUACCAGAAUAUCUUAAGCAUGUUGAUAAACGUUUGGUUGAAGAAAAUGAGCGAUUACUUCAUUAUUUAGAUCAAUGUACAAAACUACAGCUUAUUUUUACUAUUGAACGGCAGUUGAUUGCAGAGCAUAUUACUGGUAUUUUACAGAAAGGAUUAGAUCAAUUAUUGGAAGAAAAUCGUGUUGCUGAUCUCUCAUUGCUUUAUUCAUUAUUUAGUCGUGUUAAGAACGGAACGAUUGAGCUGUGUGGGUCGUUUAAUGCAUUCAUAAAAACAAAAGGCAAGACUUUAGUUAUUGAUCCAGAAAAGGAUAAGACAAUGGUACAAGAUUUAUUGGAUUUUAAAGAUAAAAUGGAUUAUAUUGUCUGUAACUGUUUUGAACGUAAUGAAAAGUUCUCGCAUAGCUUACGUGAAGCUUUCGAAUACUUUAUUAAUCAACGUACGAACAAGCCUGCUGAAUUGAUUGCUAAAUAUGUCGAUAUGAAGUUACGUGCUGGAAAUAAAGAAGCCACCGAGGAAGAAUUGGAACAAAUCCUCGAUAAAAUUAUGGUGCUUUUCCGUUUCAUUCAUGGCAAGGAUGUAUUUGAGGCAUUCUAUAAGAAAGAUUUAGCUAAAAGAUUACUUGUCGGGAAAUCAGCAAGUGUUGAUGCUGAAAAGAGUAUGUUGUCAAAGUUGAAGCAAGAAUGUGGCGGUGGAUUCACAUCAAAACUUGAAGGAAUGUUCAAGGAUAUGGAACUUAGUAAAGAUAUAAAUAUUGCAUUCAGACAAUAUAUUGAAGGAAAUGCUAAUUCAAAGGAGCUUGCACAAUUUUAUGCAAUUGGAAUUGAUAUGACUGUAAAUAUUUUGACAAUGGGUUAUUGGCCAACAUAUCCUGUAAUGGAAGUUAAUAUGCCGCCUCAAUUAGUUGAAUAUCAAAAUGUUUUUACGAAAUUCUAUUUGGCAAAACACAGCGGACGUAAAUUACAAUGGCAACCUACUUUGGGACAUUGUGUCUUAAAAGCACGUUUUGAUCAGGGACCGAAAGAUCUUCAAGUGUCUUUAUUUCAAUCAUUAGUUCUUUUACUUUUUAAUGACUGCAACGAAAUGAGUCUUGAAGAAAUAUUACAGGCGACUAACAUUGAAGUUAGUUUUGUAAGUCAAAAAUACAUUUUUUAUUUAAACGAUCUUUUCAAAUUUGGAUAUUUUUUAACGAAACCAUUAUUACUUUUAAAUUUUUAAAAUCUGCUACAUUUUUGAAUCUUUAAAAACAGUUAAAUAUCAUUAUUAUUUUGUAGGAUGGAGAGUUGAGAAGAACUUUACAGUCUUUGGCUUGUGGUAAGGCUAGGGUCUUAACAAAAAUCCCCAAAAGUCGUGAAGUUGAAGACAAAGAUAAAUUCAAAUUCAACAAUGAAUUUACUGCUAAAUUAUUCAGAAUCAAAAUCAAUUCCAUCCAAAUGAAAGAAACGAAUGAGGAGCAGAAAGCAACAGAAGAAAGGGUUUACCAAGAUCGUCAGUAUCAAAUCGAUGCAGCUGUCGUCAGAAUUAUGAAGAUGAGAAAGACGUUAAGCCAUAACUUGCUUAUUAGUGAACUCUACAAACAAUUGUCGUUUCCAGUUAAGCCUGCUGAUUUGAAGAAGAGAAUUGAAUCGCUGAUCGAUCGUGAUUACAUGGAACGUGAUAAGGAUAAUCAGAAUCAAUAUAAUUAUGUCGCAUAAAGAGUGGAACAGAUUUUAAUUUUGAGUGAAUAAAUAAUAAUAUAAAAGAUUGAAGUUUUUUGAAUAAGAAAAAAAUUAUAAAAAUAAAUCCUCAAUAAUUACUGUUAAUGUCGAAAUGAUAAGGAAAACUAGAUGAUAUUGUAAAAUGUAGAUUUUCUUGUGUCUGUAAUUGGAAUUUCAUAAAGAAACUCGUUAUGGAAUAAUUAAAAAGGAA